GUUUGUGAAGUGCAGUUUGCUGUCAGUUCUGUAAAAUGGAAGAAAUCUAUGAAAAUACAAAUUUCAAACGUUCAUCGGUCAACAAAUCCUCAUACUGCAAAGGUAAUGCCACAGUUCUGCAGGAGAGAGACACUACUCCAUCUAUUCCAUCUAAAGGGACUAAAGUUCUUCUGAUGGUUCUCUGUGCCUCUCUUGUUCUUGCUGUUGGGAGUCUCUGUGUUUUGGGGGUCCUGUUUGAGUAUAACCUUAGCCAACUAGAUUAUAAUAAAUGUGUAGAUUUUGGAUCGUUGACUAUGAAGCACAACAUGGUUUCAAUGCAACUGUCAAUUCAAGAGAUUAACAACACAUGCAUGGAAAGAGAGUGUCAUGAAUUAAAUGCCAAAUUCGACAGAUUAAAAUCUUACUUUAAUGAUGGUCAGUCUUGCAAUCUCUCUGUGGAUGGCUGGACAGUUUGUCGUGGACUGCUUUACUUCAGUGCUGAGAAACACAACUGGUCAAAGAGUCGUGAUGUGUGCGUUUCAAAGGGAGCUGAUCUGGUCACCAUUACCAGCCAAAAUGAACAGGAUUUUCUGGUGUCUAAAAUUAAAGAGACUCACUGGAUCGGUCUUAAUGAUCUGGAGACUGAGGGCCGGUGGGUUUGGGUGAAUAACCAAACUCUUGAAGAGACAGGAGUAGAGUUCUGGUUCGGAUCUGGGCAAAAAGAACCUGACAACUGGAAAGUUCAGGAUCCGUCCGGAGAGAACUGUGCCAGUCUGGGAGACCGCAACGGCAAUUUACACACUUGGUUUGAUGGUUCUUGUAAACAGCAGAAAAAGUUUAUCUGUGAAAACAAAUAUUAA